GAAAGGAGGCGCGGAGAAAGUCCGAGAUAAAAAGAGAAAAGCCCUAGAGGCAAACUCUGCAACAUGUGCUAAAAUAUCGGACAUGUUUGCCGCGACAGCUGGCCCGGCUUCAUUAGCACCUGCGACGGUGGAAAUUGCGGCGGCGGAGGCUGAGGAGGAUGUCGGUGAUGAUGGGGACGGAGAGGUGACUGAAUGGCGGCCGAGGCCAAGCGCAGAGAUGGGUGGCGCUGGCGGCGGCCCGGCCCCGGGGCCGAGCUCAGCCUCAGACGAAGUGGCGGCGGUAAGAAGUUGAAAUUUAAGUUUGUGUUGAUAAAGAAAUAUUUGUUAAGCUAGAUUCCUAAACUUUAACACAGUAUGUAGUUUCCUAACAGUUAGCUCCUGCGUUAUAACAACAUGUUGUACAGAGUAAUCUAGACUGAGCCCGGUCAAAGUGGCUAUUUUAGCUAACACAACAGUUAGCCCACUAAACAUUUGCUAGCUUUUCUUUGGGGAGUUAAAUAGCUCUGUUGACUGUGUAUUGAAAGAGCAUCACUUUGCUAUUGCUAUUUGAACAACAUUAAUGUGAGGAAGCUGUCAGUGUUUAAUUGCUUUAUUAAUUUAUUAGGCUUUAUGGGUAAACAGCUUUUUUGGGACAUGAAAACAUAGAUAAAACUUGUUUGUGAGCCAGCUUAAUAAACAAAAUUUAGACAAACAUGUAUUCCCUGGAGAAAACAUGUGUUCUAAUAUUUCUUUUGUGUGUGUGUGUGUGUGUGCGCUAUGAGUAGACUUUGUGUCCAAUUUACAGUGUUAUUUUAGCUUGCUUGCUAUUAUGUUAUAGUUUGCAGGUGUUAUAGCUUACAGUUAUUAUUUAUUAUCAUGUAAUAGUGAAAUAUUGCUAUUUCUAAUUGCUAAUAAUGAUUAUUCAUUAGUAGGUAACCAGAGAAAUAACACUAGUGAAAUUAAUGCUCCUGUCUCUCUCUCUUUCUCUAUGUUUAGUCAAGUCAGACUGUUGGAGUAGGAGUGGAGGAGUCACAGGAAGAUCAGGCAGUUGUAGACUAUUUUAGCCGCCCUCAUUCCACAAAAAGGCAGGAAUUCUUUAAGUUUCACCCACAGCAGAAUGCCACAAACCCUGUCAUCCAGAGGCUCUUCACAAGAACGGACGACAUGGCAUGGAAAUGGCUGACUUAUAGUGAUGAACGUAAUGCUUUAUUUUGUUUUCUUUGCCUUGCUUUUAGCAAGCCCAAUGACCCAAGUUCUUUCAUUGGAGGCAUGACAGACUGGAGGCAUGUGCACCAAAGAAUAGAGGAGCAUGAGAGAGGCAUGGCACAUAGACAGUGUGCUGAGGCAUAUGUAUUAAACUGCUCCAGAGCAAGUGUUGAUCACCUCCUUGAGGGAAGACAGCUGAAAGGACACCGUGAGCAGGUGAAGAAGAGACGUCAGGUGUUGGAACGUGUGGUGGAGGUUGUGAGAGUCUUAGGGAAGAGAGGCUUAAGCUACAGGCAGGAGCACAAUGAAGCUGCGUACACCUUGGACAUCAACAGUCUCGACCAUGGCAAUUUCCUAGAACUUAUUAUAUUGUUGGGGAAAUAUGAUGUGUGUUUAAAGGAGCACCUCAGCAGUGUAAUUGAGAAAAGCAAGCAGAUCCAUGCUUCAGGCACACAAGGCAGAGGCUCUCUCAUUACCCUCCUGUCCAAAACAACUGUGGAUGCAGUAAUCGAUGCUAUCAAGCAUUUAAUUCAAGAGAGCAUCUCAGCAGACAUCAAAAAAGCCGGAAUGUAUUCUGUGCAGCUCGACACAACACAAGAUGUUACAGGGAGAGAGCAGUGUUCUGUGAUUUUGAGGUUUGUGACGGAUGCAGUCCAUGAAAGGCUGGUUGCAGUCGUACAAUGCAGCACAACUACAGGACAGUCGUUCGUGACGCUGUUAACAGAAGUCCUUGAGAGUCUGCAAUUGGACAUAGGCCUGUGCAUUGGAAACGCCACAGAUGGAGCCUCUAAUAUGCAGGGUCAAUACAGAGGUUUCUCUGCAUUAAUGGCAUCCAAAAACCCCACCCAUCAGCAUGUGUGGUGCUAUGCACAUGUCUUGAACCUUGUAUUGUCCGAUACCACCCAUAGCGUCAUUGAAAGUGGAUCACUAUUUGACCUGCUGAACGACAUUGCCGUAUUCAUCAGGGACUCAUACACAAGAGUGAGUGUGUGGGAGACCGAGAGCCAGGACAAGAGGCACAAACGCAUCUCAACAAUUGGAGAGACGAGAUGGUGGGCUAAACAUCAUGCCCUGAGGAAAGUUUUUGGAAACUUUGGCAGACCUGAUGGCGGCCUUUUUGUUGAAGUGGUGUCCACACUUUCUGCCAUAAUGAAGCUGAAGUCACUUGCAUCAAAUGCAAGAAACAAAGCCAGAGGAUACAGAGACGGCUUACUUCGAUACGAAACUGUGCUCACAGCUCAGUUAUUCCUCCGGGUAUUUGAGUUCACCUCACCACUGUCAAAAUACCUACAGACCGGAGGAAUGGACAUCCUCUCUGCACAUAGGAUGGUCACCACAACACACGAUUCACUUACAAAGAUAGCAAGAGAUUUCCCGGCCGUCAAAGAUGCAGCUGACUGUUUUGUCCAUUGGGCAAAUGAAAAGCUAGAGGAGCAGGAUGAUCUAGAUUUGGAAGUGGAGGCAGCACUACCUCAGAAAAGGCUAAAGAAGAAGAAAGUCUUGCCAGGAGAGAUGGCCCAGGAUGAAAGCCUCAGUGAUUCAGAGAAGGCCUAUGAGGUCAAUGUUCACCACCAGAUCCUGGAUACAGCUGUUGAGGCCAUGCACCACAGAUUCCUCACUCAUGGCACUCUGUAUGCAGAUUUAUCCCUCCUACAUCCCAAAAACUUCCCCCUCAUCCAGACCAGUGGCGGUGCACUCCCUGUAUCUGCACUUCAAGAACUCAGCAAGUGUCUAGUUGUGUAUGACAGCAGGGCAACUGUUACAGAUCUACAGAUUGAACUCAGAAACUUGGCACAGCAAUGGGACAGGCUGGUACAAUCACAAUUGGAUAACUACGCAACUAAUUUCAUUGCCUUGCUACAUAUUUGUUCUUGUGGACUAUUGGAGGGCCAUUCAACAUUUUCUCAACCAGCUGCCCUGUCCCCCAGGGGUGUUCCAGGGAUGUGCAUUUCAUUGGUGUGGACUUCACAGGCAUUUUUCAAAUUUAGCACCAGAUCCAUGCAGCCUUUUGUCUCAGCAUAUGUAAGUACAAAAUGA